AUGCGCGUGUCCAUUCAACGCACGAUGGUGUUGCUACUCUUCCUCAUCACAUCCUUUAUUGUUAUGUUCGUAACGCCAGUUCUAUCGCGCUUGGCACACGGCAGAGUAACCACGCUCAAUGCCAUGCUUUACUAUGUUGGUGAUGUUGCAGUGUCUCAGAUGCUCGAUGUACCAGACUAUAUCUUGUAUGAGUAG